AUGGGGGCCUCGGGAGGUAUUUUGGUUAUGUGGGAUAAGAGGGUGGUGGAGAGCUCUGAUGAGUUUGUGGGGGAGUUUUCGGUGGGGUGUUUGUUUAGAAAUAUAGACGAUGGUUUCCUUUGGGCCUUUGCUGGGGUUUACGGUCCUAAUUUAGAUAGUGAAAGGCGGAUGCUUUGGGAUGAGUUGGCUGGUCUUUGUUCUUGGUGGGAGGUUCCAUGGUGUAUUGGAGGAGAUUUUAAUGUGACAAGAUUUGCCAGUGAAAGAUCAGGGGAGGGACGUCAAAAUCAAGCUAUGGUGGAUUUUUCAGAUUUCAUUUUUGAGUCAGGCCUUAUGGAUAUACCACUAAUGGGAGGGGAGUAUACUUGGUCUAACCAUUUUUCUUGGUCAAGACUGGACAGGUUUCUCAUUUCCCCUUCAUGGGAACUUCAAUACCCAGUUGUAAGCCAGAAAAGACUUCCAAGAAUUUGUUCCGAUCAUUUUCUUGUAAUGCUUGAUGGUGGUGGAAUCAUAGGGGGUAGAAGGCCAUUCAAGUUUGAGAAUAUGUGGUUAAAAAAGGAGGGGUUUGUGGAUUUGGUUAGACAAUGGUGGAGCUCCUAUUUAUUUGAGGGCAAUCCGAGCAAUGUGUUGGCCAGGAAAUUGAAAGCUUUGAAAAUGCAUUUGAAGAUAUGGAAUGAACAGGUGUUUGGUGAUGUAACCUUACAGAUGAAAAGCUUGACACAAGAGCUACAAAGUUUGGAGGGUGUAGGAGUCGAAAACAACCGUAAAGAGCAAGUAGUUUCUGAACUUGAAAGAUUGACUUUAUUGGAGGAGAUUUCUUGGAGGCAGAAGUCAAGGGCUCUAUGGCUCCGAGAAGGGGAUUAA